AUGGUCCUCGCGAAGCUGGUCGACUCCAUCAGCGGCAGGCUGGCAUUCUUUCCUCCCGUGCCUACCUAUACCGUGGCAGAGCAUGGUGAUGGCGACCGCGCGCUGUACUGCAAGCCCCUCAGCCGGGCUGUGCGGAAGGUGCCGCAGGGGCGCGUGACCUGGGUGCCGGCGGCGGGGUCCUCCUCCCACCAGCUGGUGGUGGUACGUGUGCCCGCCCCCAACCCCACGCGCCGCACCAUCCUGCACUCCCACGGCAACGCGGUGGACCUGGGGGAGAUGCUGCCUCUCUACGCCAGCCUGGCCAGGGUGCUGCAGUGCAACGUCGUGGGCUGGGACUACCGCGGGUAUGGGUGCAGCGGCGGCGUCCCCGCCGCCUCCACUAUCAACCGCGACGUGCACGCGGUGUACGCCGCGCUGCAGCGGGACGAGGGCUUGACACCGGGCGACGUCGUCCUGUACGGGCAGAUCGCGGCGCCCACGCUGGUGGUGCACGGCACGGCGGACUCCGUGAUUCCGGUGGGGCACGGGCGCACGCUGGCCACGCUGUGCCCCGCCGCCGUGGAGGCGCUGUGGGUGGAGGGCGCCGACCACGACAACGUGGAGGACAGCCCGCUGUACGUGCCCCGCCUCAAGGCAUUCCUGACAAAGUGCUGGGGGGAUUGA